GAUAGAGCUAAUAAAAUUGUAAACACUUGAUAUUUUCUUUUGAAUGAAGGGUAUAUAAGACCGCAAGCGCUCGGCAAACUCAUCAGUAAGGAUCUCUUUCAAGUGACGGCAGCUGAAGGAGAAAUUUUAAAGAUGAAUUUCCUGAUUGUUUUCGUGGCAGUGUUUGCCGUUGCAUACGGCGAUGCUAACUGCACAUCUUCCACGAAGCCCAACCUCGAAGACGACAUAAAGGCCAUCACAAAGCUGAUCCCCGUGUCCAAGAUAAAGGCGAUCGCCCUUAAGUACAUCGCCAAUGACGCGGAGGUUCAGGCGGUGGUAAAGUACAUGAAAGGCAGCGAGUUCGCAGCGCUCGUCAAGGCAGUCAACGACGAGAAGCUGGUCAAAGACCUCUACACGUUCCUGUGCUCCAACGGCGUGGAUAUCUACAAGGACGUGAACACCGUGAACAAGCUCCUGGAACUGCCGGAGGUGCAGCCCCAGGGGAGAGUCCUUCCUGCUGCCAGGACCUUCCGCGGCUUCCUGGACGAGGUGGAGGCCGAACUGCCGCUCGGCGACAUGAAGAAGGUGUUCGAGCAGAAGAAGGCCACCAGCGCCGUCUUCAAGGCCUUCUUCGACAAGAUCAGCGGCAGCGAGUUCAGGGCUAUGGUGGACAAGUUUUGGGCCCUGAAGACGGUCCAGGAUAUCAAAACCAAAUUGGAAGCAUUGGGAGCUGACGUCGACAAAGCUGUGAAACUCUUGAAAAAUCUUCUUGGAUGGGUGUCAAACUAAAAUCUUAAAUGUUUUAAUACAAAUAUGUAAUUUUUGUCAUAAAUAAAAAGUAAUUAUUGACUGCUUAA